GAGGAGGGGAGAGCGCCGAGCAAGGGAACUUUGACUUGUGGAAAUAUUGCCGGACCGAGAGAGAUAAAAGCAUGAGAGCGGGAAACGAAUAAUUCAGCACUCAGAAACAAAAAGAGGAUUUACUCCCUAAAUGCACAGACUGAACUUUGGGAUUCGUUACUCGCAGUUUCUUCUGCCACUUUGAACUGCACUGCACAUGUUCUCAGAUUUUCAGGCUGCUCAAUGAAUUGCACCGUACAGAGCUGGGCUUGCUGAGAACCGGUUUGUUUAUGUUUAGUGUAUGAGAAUUGAUUGGAGAUACGAACGUGACAUACGACAAUAGUGUUUCACAUAGCUGUUAGUGGUUAACUGGUGCCGGAAUCUUGCCCUGCGCUGUCUCUCUAUUGGCGGUUGGCAGUAACCUAAAUGAACCCUGUCAGUUAGCCCUGCCAGGGAUACAAGCUGGUCACAUUGGCAUUCACGGCGGGUCAUCUGAAUAGGCUAUAAUCUACCAAAAAAAUCGGAUUCAUUGCGUGUUUGUAGUCCAGUAAGAAAAAACGGUGCCUUUUGUAGUCUAUUGAACAGGCGGGAGCUAUAGCGCACAUUGCGUUUUUUGAGGAAAGAAGAGACUAGUUUCUGUUCAUGCUAAAACGGUGCAAACUCCUGGCUCUGCCCCUCUGGCAACUGUAGCAAAGGAUAUCUGAAGCAAGGGAGUGUAGGCAGGCUACUACACCAAACAUUAGCCUGCACGAAACAGUGCCUGCGUUUACUUUUCCUGCUGCACUUGGGAGCUGUCAUGCCUAUACGAAAGAAAGAUGCUCAAAGAGCUUUACUGCUCAUGGAGGAAUACAAGACGAAACUUGGACAGACAGAAGACCGACAACUCAGACAAUCACUAGAAAGAGUCAUCAACAUCUUCCAGAGCAACCUCUUCCAAGCCUUGAUAGAUAUCCAGGAGUUUUAUGAAGUGACCUUACAGGAAGGCCAGACAUCUGUCGAGCCAGUCAAGCCUGCAGAGCCCCCCGCUCCCCCUGUCACCCUGUGGGACUUCUCCAGCCUUCCCUCCCCCUCUACCGCUGUCACAUCUGACACCCUGCCCAGCAGCCUUACGUCCAGCAUAGAGAAGUACAGGAUUCAGGAUGAGGAUGGUUCUACCCCCCAGCAGGACCAGGGUCAGUCUCAGGCCUGUCCCCAGCACCCCUACCCCAGCCUGGAGGAGGGAGGCAGAGAGCGGGAGCUGCCAGGGAGCCACCACGGGACCCUCCGCAGCCACCAUGGAGGAGGAACCCUGGAUGGGUACCACCACGGCAGGGGAGAGAGAGAGGGCAGGGGGGAGGGACGGCCAGAGCUGGUCCAGGUAGCAGAGAAAAACCUGUCUCAGAUAGAGAACGUCCAUGGAUAUGUCUCCCACGCACACAUCUCCCCUAUGAAGCAGCCAGAUGUGGUGGUCCCGCCCCCCGUACCCAUAAUCCCUGUGAUCCCCAUCCCAGCCGAGACCACUCCUGUCAUCUCUCCACCCUCCUCUCUGCCUGCACCCGCGUCACCCACGUCACAGGCAAACCCACCUCCUGUGGUGGUCAACACAGACAGCUUGGACAGCCCCCCAUACGCGAAUGGAUCUGAAGCAGAUUAUGAAUAUGAGGAGAUCACACUGGAACGGGGUAACUCUGGGUUGGGCUUCAGUAUUGCUGGGGGGACAGAUAACCCCCACAUUGGCGAAGACCCCAGUAUCUUCAUCACCAAGAUUAUCCCUGGGGGAGCUGCAGCUCAGGAUGAACGUCUCAGAGUGAAUGACUGCAUCCUGAGAGUGAACGAGGCUGACGUGAGGGAAGUGACCCACAGUAAGGCUGUGGAGGCCCUGAAGGAGGCCGGCUGCAUCGUCAGGCUCUACAUCCGCAGGAGAAAAGCCCUCUCGGAGAAGAUCCUGGAGCUCAAACUAGUCAAAGGUCCCAAAGGGCUAGGAUUCAGUAUUGCGGGGGGAGUAGGGAACCAGCACAUUCCAGGAGACAACAGCAUCUAUGUCACCAAGGUCAUCGAGGGAGGGGCUGCACACAAAGACCAGAGGCUGCAGAUAGGAGACAAACUAUUGGCUGUAAAUAGCGCUUGCCUUGAGGACGUGAGUCACGAGGAUGCCGUGGCAGCCUUGAAAAACACCCCUGAUGUGGUUUACUUGAAAGUGGCGAAGCCCACCAGUGUCUUCAUGAACGACAGUUUCGCUCCCCCCGACAUCACCAACUCGUAUUCCCCUCACAUGGAUAACCAUAUCAGCCCUUCCAACUACCUGAGCCGGCCCCAUACCCCCGCCACGCCUGGACGCUACUCGCCCGUCCCCAAGAGCAUGCUAGGAGACGACGAGGUUACGAGGGAGCCCAGGAAGGUGGUGUUACAUCGUGGUUCUACAGGCCUGGGUUUUAACAUCGUAGGAGGAGAGGAUGGAGAAGGGAUCUUUAUCUCCUUCAUCCUGGCUGGUGGACCAGCUGACCUCUGUGGAGAGCUUCGCAAAGGAGACCGCAUCAUCUCAGUGAAUGGGGUCGACCUGCGCAGUGCAACCCAUGAGCAGGCUGCUGCAGCUCUGAAGAAUGCUGGACAGACGGUUACCAUCACAGGCCAGUACAGGCCAGAGGAGUACAGUCGGUUUGAAGCCAAAAUCCAUGAUCUACGUGAACAGAUGAUGAACAGCAGUAUCAGCAGUGGCUCUCUGCGGACCAGCCAGAAGAGAACGCUCUAUGUCAGGGCUCUGUUUGACUAUGACAGGGCGAAGGACUCGGGGCUGCCCAGCCAGGGGCUCAACUUCCACUUUGGAGACAUCCUUCAUGUGGUGAAUGCCUCCGAUGACGAGUGGUGGCAGGCACGUCAGGUGACCCAUGAAGGAGAGGUGGAAGAGGUUGGAGUCAUCCCUAGCAGGAGGAGGGUUGAAAAAAAAGAGAGAGCGCGGUUAAAGACAGUCAAAUUCAACGCCCGGUCUCAAGACAAAGUGCAGUCAUUCAAUGACAAGCGUAAAAAGAACCUAUUUUCCCGAAAGUUCCCUUUCUACAACAAGAGCAAGGAGCACAGCGAGCAGGAAACGAGCGAUGUUGACCAGCAUGUUACCUCUAACGCCAGUGAUAGUGAAAGUAGUUACCGUGGCCAGGAGGAGUACGUCCUGUCCUACGAGCCAGUCACACAGCAGGAAGUGAACUACACACGGCCUGUCAUCAUCCUGGGGCCAAUGAAAGACCGCAUCAAUGAUGACCUCAUCUCAGAGUUCCCCGACAAAUUUGGGUCCUGUGUCCCACACACGACCAGACCGAAGCGGGAUUACGAAGUGGAUGCCAGAGACUACCAUUUUGUGGUGUCCAGGGAGCAGAUGGAGAAAGACAUCCAGGACCACAAGUUCAUUGAGGCGGGCCAGUACAACAACCACCUGUAUGGAACCAGCGUCCAGUCUGUACGGGAGGUCGCUGAGAAGGGGAAGCAUUGCAUCCUGGAUGUUUCAGGCAACGCCAUCAAGCGAUUGCAAUCGACCAUGCUCUACCCCAUCGCUAUUUUCAUCAAGCCCAAGUCUGUGGAGAAUAUCCUGGAGAUGAAUAAGAGGCUAACAGAGGACCAGGGGAGGAAGACAUUUGACCGAGCCAUGAAGCUGGAGCAGGAGUUCACUGAGCACUUCACUGCUAUAGUCCAGGGGGACUCUCUGGAGGAGAUUUAUAACACGGUGAAGAGGAUCAUCGAGGAGCAGUCAGGACCCUUCAUCUGGGUGCCUGCCAAGGACAAGUUGUGAAGGAGGACAGAAGAGAUUACCUUUUUUUUUGUUGCCGUCCUCAUUUUCUUCUUUGAUUUUACGUCUAAUUUUAUGCCCUGAGCAUAGGACCCCCCCUUCACUUAUACCCCCUCCCCCGCCGCCGUCCUGCUCCCCUCUGUCACACUGGCUGGUGUCGUUACAUUAGUGUCUGGGGAUCUGAUCACGCAUAGACCCACAUACACACACACACACACACACACACACACACACACACACAAUUCUUUAAUGUUUUCUUUAUAACACACACAAAAUUCUUUAAUGUUUUCUUUAUCACACACACACUCUCUCUCUCUCUCUCUCUCUCUCUCUCUCUCUGGUGUUUUCUUGGGCUGUCCUUGUCUCUGGAUGUUUUUCCUGCUAAGGAGGUACGGGCUUUGGCGACCAGCAUCUUAUGGGGAGAUUUUUAUGGUACAAGUCCUUAAUGUUUAAGGAACAUGAUUUAGAUGCAUAUAUAUACAAAUAAUAAAUCAUUUCUUGUACUUUUUUUUUCUUUUUUUCUUCAUAUUAUUGAAAGGGAAUGCAUUCAUGUGUGGGUUAGUAAAGGAUAUGACAUGAGGCUAAACAUUGCACGUUAUAGCUUUAAAAGAGCAUGUUUCAGAGUGUUCUGAUCAUUCCCUCGUCAUGUUAUCCCUCGUCAUGUUUUUGUUGUUCUUUAGUUGUCCUUUGUCUCUGCUCACAUGACAGCCAUACUAUUCAAACUGCACAGAGGGACCUGAGGUUAGAGAGUGAUGAGUGGACUUCACUCUGGCACACAAAAGGCUGUUUCUUAUCAUAGCCGCCUUCACUGACUUUACGAUCCCUGUUGAUUUGAUUCUGUUCUUUGUCAAUAAGCUUUUGGGUGGUUAAUUUCCUGAACAGGAAUAGAGUAAAUGAAAGUCUGUUUUUUAAACUGACUCCAGGUGUAUUAGUAGUAGUAGGAAGGAAGCAAAAACCGAAAGAAUUUAUUGUACACUGAGAUUUUAACGUAUAUUUAACCCUCAGUCUACUGCCUAUUUUGUUAUAAUAAAAAGUCUAUAUUGAGCUUUA